UUGCCGUACACACGCACAAGUAUGGCGGUGUGAGAGCUGUGUCAAUGUUUUGAUGGUGUAAAGAACAUAUUGUUUUCCUUUUCGAAGCCCACUUUCCUCGGGAAUCGCAUUUAUAUUUACCAAUAACCACAUUGAAACUCAGUCCAUCAUGGCAUCUACCUGUGAUUCUCUGAUUGACGACAUUGAGGACAUGGUGUCUUCCAGUGACCCCACUCCUCACGAGAGACAGGCUGCAAGAAAGAGUAUCAUACCGAGAUCCAGGAAGAGAAAAGAGCUUCCGAUCGAUGAGGAGCUCCAAGCUGACAGCUUGAUCCCUGGGACCCAAAAGAUCUGGAUGAAAACAUGGGGCUGCAGUCAUAACAGCUCAGAUGGAGAGUACAUGGCUGGACAGCUGGCGGCCAGUGGAUACAAGAUGACUGAUGACCCAACAGAAGCAGACCUGUGGUUGCUGAACAGCUGCACUGUGAAAAACCCUGCAGAGGAUCACUUCAGAAACUCAAUCAAAAAAGCUCAGGAUCAGCAGAAGAAGGUGGUACUAGCAGGUUGUGUUCCCCAGGCCCAGCCACGUAUGGACUACCUCAAAGGACUCAGCAUCAUUGGGGUCCAGCAGAUUGAUCGAGUGGUGGAAGUCGUGGAUGAGGCAGUUAAAGGCCACUCGGUUCGUCUGUUAGGUCAGAAGAAAGACGGAGGCCGGAGGCUCGGAGGAGCAAGACUUGACCUGCCCAAGAUCAGAAGAAACCCUCUCAUAGAAAUCAUCUCCAUUAACACCGGGUGUCUGAAUGCAUGUACCUACUGUAAAACUAAGCAUGCCAGAGGAGACCUGGCCAGUUAUCCCAUUGAGGAGCUAGUGGAAAGAGCCAGGCAGUCAUUCCAGGAGGGAGUGUGUGAGGUCUGGUUGACCAGUGAAGACACAGGAGCCUAUGGUAGAGACAUCGGUACAGACCUGCCCACAUUGUUAUGGAGAUUGGUGGACGAGAUUCCUGAAGGAGCCAUGCUGAGGCUGGGUAUGACCAACCCACCCUACAUCCUGGAACACCUAGAGGAGAUGGCCAAGAUAUUGAAUCAUCCGCGUGUCUAUGCCUUCCUUCAUAUUCCUGUGCAGUCGGCCUCAGACAGUGUACUGAUGGACAUGAAGAGGGAGUAUUGCAUCGAUGACUUCAAAAGAGUGGUGGACUUCCUCAAAGAGCGGGUCCCAGGUGUAACCAUCGCUACAGAUAUAAUCUGCGGUUUUCCCGGCGAGACAGGUGAAGACUUCCAAGAGACGAUCGACUUGGUGAAAUGCUACAGAUUCCCCAGUCUCUUCAUAAACCAGUUCUACCCCAGACCUGGUACACCUGCCGCCAAGAUGGAGCAAGUACCAGCACACGUGAAGAAGCAGAGGACAAAAGAACUGUCACAUCUCUUCCACUCCUACAACCCCUACGACCACCAGGUUGGGGAGAGGCAACAUGUCCUGGUGACGGAGGAGUCAUUUGAUGCCCAAUAUUACGUGGCUCACAACAAGUUCUAUGAACAGGUGCUGGUUCCUAAGAGGGCUGAGUUCAAUGGGAAGAUGAUUGAGGUGGACAUCUAUGAGGCAGGAAAACACUUCCUGAGAGGUCGGCCAGUAGAAGACAGUCAGCUUUUCACACCGUCCAUUGCUGCCCCUCUACGGAAAGGAGAGGUGUCUGGUUUGGUGCAGGAACAGAUUUCUAACGGAAUCCACAGUCCGGAUUCGAUGUCCUCUUCGUCCUUUUUGUUAAUGGGCUCCUACAGUCUGGACAGGGAAGUGCUGAAGAAGCUGGGGAUCGGGCUCGCUCUGGCCGCAGCUAUCGCCGCCCUCCUGGUGGAGAAACUGUUCUGAUGGAGCGACUGGGUGCCAGAGGAGGAUUUUGAACAUGUGACGGGAUGGUGACAUCAGUUUGAGGAGCCUGAAUACAUUGACAAACUUUCUCCCGAGAUCCCCUGUAACAUGCUCCACAAGAUUUCACAUCAAUUUGAAAUUAGCCUAAAGAGAAAAAACAGAGGAAGUCCUGCAAAGUCAUGGAAUAUUUUUAUAUGCUCUGUGAGAUGUCCCUUGUUUUUAGUACAGUUAAGAGUUUUACUUUUGCGUUGUUGAUUAAAGGACAUUUCUCUCUAUUCUUUUCAUUGUACUCUGUAACACUGCUCCAAAUAAAGUAAGUGUAAGAAUAACCACAUGGGUAAACACUUUUAUAUACUACUACAUCCUAGUUAUACUAGAUUUUAAUUGGAAUCUGUUUCAAGUACAGAGUCUGUCUCAUUUUUGUGCUACAUUAUGAGUUAGAACAUUUUCAAAGUGCAGGAUGUGUCAGCACCAUAUUUCACAGAUAAAUUCUCAACUAUUUGAUCCUCUUGGAAAAAACAUUCUGGAGAUUAGGAUCAUCUGUAUCAGAACAAAGUCGGAGGACGUUCAAACUGUCUCUUUGCCGUGUUGCUUAAGUUUUAAUGGAUUAUUCAACAUAUAUUUCUUAUGACGGUGAUGAUCGUGCAGGAACAUUGUGGGCUGUUAGCCUUUGAUAGAUUGAAUUGUGCUUUCUUCACAGGGAGUUGUUUUACUCUGUGGCAAUGAGUAAUAUUCUGUAUGAUUAUGAUUAAAUGUCAUUUCUAAUCUUUGUUCAAAUAAUUUAUUUUGAAGCAAGAGACAUGGACAGUAUAGUUUCAGAGCUACAUGAUGAAUCCCUUUGAAGUUGUUUUAACGUGUUGUUCUUCUGUCUAAGCUCUUUGAGUCGUCUUAUGGUUUCUGCUCCAUCAAAAUCAAAUGUAAUUAAUUUGCGAUGUACGUCUUAUUUUACCUGAUUAGUUACAACAUGACUGGUAAUUGGACAGAUGGACAGAUGCAGACUACUGGGACCGACACUCAUUAUUGGCCCUUUAUUUCCUCCCAGUGAAAACCCCCAAAACGCAGUGUGAUCGGUUUGUAUGUGAUGACCUGCUCCGGUGCCAACUUACGGACUGUUCCUUGUUUUCUCGUUUGCCAUGUGGGCUGUGUAGCUGAUAUCCACCUCUGGGAUUUCUGCCACCCACCCUGAUGAACAUACUUGUUAUUCUGGAUAAUCCAUAGAACAUGCUAUUGUUGGUCUUCAUUGGGACUAUGAUUUAAGUAGAUUAGAUCUCUGCAUCGUCCAAACCAUCCGGAACUAUUUUGAAAAUGUAUUGGAGUAAAAAUCUCAAAACAUGAAAAAGUAUAACGUUAAAACUGUUAACAUGGGCAUCUCUAGAGACAGGUGAGAUUGAUAAUCUUUGUCUAUUAUUCAGGUGAACUAACCCAGUGAUAUGAAGUAUUCUGUAUAUGUGGACUUGUGUUUGGCACAUGAGUCAUUAUCGAGACAGACUGUAUAUUGCUUUUUGUUUUCUCCAUGAGCAUUGUUGCAACCAUCCAAAACAGUUUAAUAAAGGACAACGUUAAUUUGU